CCAGAGAGUACGUCACUUCCGCCGAAUCUCUGACCUGCUGCUAAGAUCGCGACGGGAACUGGAACCCGAGGUCCCCGCGCGGUCCGGGCCUCGCGCCCUGAGGGGAAGAGUGGCCCGGCCCAGGUGAGAAGGACAUACUUGUACGAAGGGAAGUUGGACGCACGAACCUGUGCUGAGGGCAAGAUGCCCUGAGCCCUUGGCAAGGAUGAGGACACACCUGAUGCCCAGCGUGCUGGGGUGGAGACCUUGACUCCAGUCCCUUCCCUAGCCAUGACGGACGGGAUCCUAGGGAAGGCAGCUACAAUGGAGAUCCCCAUCCAUGGAAAUGGCGAAGCUGGGCAGCUUCCAGAAGAUGAUGGGCUGGAGCAGGACCUCCAGCAGGUGAUGGUGUCAGGACCCAACCUCAAUGAAACGAGCAUUGUAUCUGGUGGCUAUGGGGGCUCUGGUGAUGGACUCAUCCCCACAGGGUCUGGCCGCCAUCCAUCUCACAGCACCUCACCUUCUGGCCCUGGUGAUGAGGUGGCCCGGGGCAUUGCCGGAGAGAAGUUUGACAUUGUCAAGAAAUGGGGCAUCAACACAUAUAAGUGCACAAAGCAGCUGUUAUCAGAGAGAUUUGGCCGAGGCUCCCGGACUGUGGAUCUGGAGCUAGAGCUGCAGAUUGAGUUGCUGCGUGAGACGAAGCGCAAGUAUGAAAGUGUCCUGCAGCUGGGCCGGGCACUGACAGCCCACCUCUACAGCCUGUUGCAGACCCAGCAUGCACUAGGUGAUGCCUUUGCUGACCUCAGCCAGAAGUCCCCAGAGCUUCAGGAGGAAUUUGGCUAUAAUGCAGAGACGCAAAAGCUGCUGUGCAAGAAUGGGGAGACGCUGCUAGGGGCUGUGAACUUCUUUGUCUCUAGCAUCAACACACUGGUCACCAAGACCAUGGAAGACACACUCAUGACUGUCAAACAGUAUGAGGCUGCCAGGCUGGAAUAUGAUGCCUACCGGACAGACUUAGAGGAGCUGAGCCUAGGCCCCCGGGAUGCAGGGACACGCGGUCGGCUUGAGAGUGCCCAGGCCACUUUCCAGACCCAUCGGGACAAAUAUGAGAAGCUGCGGGGAGAUGUGGCCAUCAAGCUCAAGUUCCUGGAAGAAAACAAGAUCAAGGUGAUGCACAAACAGCUGCUGCUCUUCCACAAUGCGGUGUCUGCCUACUUUGCUGGGAACCAGAAACAACUGGAGCAGACCCUGCAACAGUUCAACAUCAAGCUGCGGCCUCCAGGAGCCGAGAAGCCUUCCUGGCUAGAGGAGCAGUGAGCGGCUCCCAGCCCAACUUGGCUAUCAAGAAGGACACUGGGCGGGGCAGCCCCAGGGUGGAGGAGAUUGGACACGGGAUGUCCCUUGCCACUUCCUUUUCGGCUUGGGCUCCCCUUUCCUGGCUGGGGUCUGACACCAGUUUUGUCCAUACUGCUGUGGUCUGAAGAGGGCCUGUCGGCCCAGAAGCAGCUGCCCUGUCCUUUAUCUUCCCGGCCACUGGGCUUCAUUUCCAGAUCUUUUCCUUCCACUUCACAGCCAAAGGCUAUGACAAAACACUCCCUGGCCAAUGGCAUCACUCCUCAGGCCUAUCCCCAGCUCUUGGGAUGUGCCCCCACCAAAGACAGGACCUCGAAAGGCUCUGUCAGCCAAUGGCAGCUCUUCUUGGGCUCUUCUGGGCCAAUAGUGUUGCCUCCAAUACCCUUUGUCCCUCCUCGAUGGGUGUCCAUUGUAGAGAAGGGGACUGGGACCAAAGGAGUGGGGAAAAUGGGGAGCCCCAUUUAUGGCCCUGCAUCUGAAUGGGCCCUCUCCUCAUCCACCCAUCCAGCUGAAUUGUGCUUAGAGCCCAGGAAGACUGGGUUCUAGCACUAGGAAUAAACCUUUCAUAAAAGCAG